ACGCAACUCGCACAAUUACAGGAAAUAUCGCGAGACGUCGCAGUCUCCCUCACUACGUAAUGUGCCGUGCUGCUUAUGGCGGCGCUGGUGACAGUGCUGAAAGCUGUUGGGUAUGAAGUGAAACAGAACUGAUUUUUGUACCACCUGAAACUGCUACUUCAAGUUCAGAUCACACCGAAGUAACAAUUCAAGGAAAAACCAUCCCAAAAGUUAGCAAACCAACUCAGACGACCAAGGAUAAGAACUUCACUUCACAACGGAAACAGGGGGAAAAAAACGAAGCAACCAGACAAAGUAACCAAAGAUCUGCGACUAGAGAAGCCCCACAGAAACGAGAAGUUCAAGAAGACAACGAAGACAAAAAAAAAAGAAAAGAAAUCCCGACAACGAACCUAAGCCACAGACGACAACCAACAAAAGCAAAAUGCAAAGACUAUACUAGAUCUGAGACAAGAAGUUUGUGCCUACUCAACAGCUUUGACAAAGCACACGUCCCAACGCUGCUCCAAGCCCUUCUCAUCCUCACCGCACCUCUGUCUCAUCCAGAGUGCGGAGAGGGCUGCUGUCUGCUCGUUUUAUCUUUCAGUUACCUCCUCUUUGUCCCUUCCUCAUCUGCUCUCUCUCUCCUCUAGAUCUGUUCAUUUUUCUGUGGGAAGCCUAGUUGCUGUCCCCACGUUUUGGCCUUUAUAUAUAUAUAUAAAUAUAUAUAUUUUUUUUUCCUUUUUAAUUUCUCAGCUUAAUUUUUUUUUUGUGUCGUUUUUUUUUUUGUGUCCUUGUUUUUGCAACCCUUAUUUGAACACGUGCCAGAAAACUUGACAUAAGCGAGUGUGUGUGUGUGUGUGUGUGUGAGUGAGUGUGCGUGCGCACGCGUGUUUGAACAGAAACUCUGCAAUAGCAGUGCCACGGUCGGUGUCCAAGACAGAACAACACAACAAGACCUCUACUCAAGAAAUCCAGAGGUGUGGCCUUGGCUGGUCAGGUGAAAAAACAAAAACGGAAAAAAAGAAAUACUAACCAAUUGAAAUUUUAGUGAAAAAUCACGUCUUGGCACCCUAAGCGAACAAGCCACCCAGUUAAAGCAAAAAAAAAAAAAACAAGAGGUGGAGACCUGAAUUUAAUGGAACAAUAUGGGCAGUCCUUGGAAAGGCUUUGUUGAGUUUACCUUGCCUGCGUCGCCACCCACUGCGUUUGUUAGUGCCGACCUGAGCACCUCCCCCGUCGGACUCAGCCUGUCCCCGUAUGGCCGAUCCAUGAGCUUUGAUCCAAGCUUGCUUCACAACAAUGGCCACACUGCCUUUGCUAAUGGCUCCGGGGUCGGCAUCAGGGAGACUGGGGUGGUGGAGAAGCUGUUGACCUCUUACGGCUUCAUCCAGUGCUCUGAGCGCCAGGCCCGACUCUUCUUCCACUGCUCCCAAUAUAACGGCAACUUGCAGGAGCUCAAGAUAGGAGAUGAUGUGGAGUUUGAGGUGUCGCUUGACAAGCGCACCGGCAAGCCCAUCGCUGUGAAGCUGGUAAAGAUCAAGCCUGAGGUGCUGCCCGAGGAGCGCAUCUCUGGGCAGGUGGGGCCUGACUUGCACGCCUCUCCCAUUACUAAGCUGCAUGGUUAUAUACAUCCAGUAGUCUCAGCCAUACCCACUCACCUGGAUGGGAAAUCUGCACCAGGCCAGCUACCCACUGGCAGUGUGUGCUAUGAGAGGAAUGGGGUGAGUGUCCGGGAGGUUUUCUACCUGACAUACACACCCGAUGAUGUGGAGGGAAACAUACACCUGGAUACUGGAGACAAAGUCAGCUUUUACAUGGAGACCAAUAAACAACCACACUCUGACCCAGGGCCCCUCUAUGUUUGCAGUACCGGUGCAGUCAGCGCUCGCAACAUUGUUCUGGUCAAGAAGAAACAAAUGAGGUGCCAGGGAGUCGUCUGUGCUACUAAGGAAGCGUUUGGUUUUAUCGAGCGAGGAGACGUGGUGAAGGAGAUCUUCUUCCACUACAGCGAGUUCAAGGGAGACCUAGAAGCACUGCAAGCUGGGGAUGAUGUGGAGUUCACCAUCAAAGAGAGAAAUGGGAAGGAGGUGGCCACCGAUGUGAGACUGCUGCCUCAGGGAACAGUCAUCUUUGAAGACAUCAGCAUCGAGCACUUUGACGGAACCGUCGCUAAAGUUAUACCCAAGGUCCCGACCAAGAAUCAGAAUGAUCCUUUGCCUGGACGUAUUAGUGCUAGAGUCAACUUCACCGAAAAGGAGCUUCCAUUUGGGGAGAAAGACACCAAGUCCAAGGUGACCCUUCUGGAUGGUGAUCAUGUGCGUUUCAACAUCUCUGUGGACCGCAGAGACAAGCUGGAGAGAGCCACUAACAUCGAGAUCCUCCCCGACACCUUCCAUUUCACCAAGGAGUCAAGAGAGAUGGGCGUGAUCGCUGCCAUGCGGGACGGCUUUGGCUUCAUCAAGUGUGUGGACCGGGACGCUCGGAUGUUCUUCCACUUCAGCGAGGUGCUGGAGGAGAGCCCACUGCACAUCUCUGACGAAGUGGAGUUCACCGUUGUUCCCGAAGAGGUCAGGCCAGGCAGUGGGGAGCUUGCAAAUAAGGACAUGUUGUCUGCCCAGCGGAACCAUGCCGUGCGGAUCAAGAAGCUACCCAAGGGCACCGUGUCCUUCCACGUCCAGUCUGAGCAGCGCUUCGUGGGACAGGUGGAGAAGGAGGCCAUGCCAGCCACAUCCUCCUUCGCCAACAAGAACGCCAGCCCUAGCAAGACCAAGGAGAAGAAAAAAGACAAGGGUAAAGUAGACAAGGAUGCUGAAGAAGGUCUUGUCGCUUAUGAAGACUGCGGCGUGAAGCUGACUGUGACGUACCAUAUCAAAGACCUAGAGGGAGCUGCGAUCCCUCAGCUAGGAGACAAGGUGGAGUUUAGCAUAAGUGAAGUGAAGCGGACCGGCCUGCAGAGCGCCGUCUCCAUCAAGAUCCUCAACCGCUCCGUCAACUCCAAGAGACUGCUCGGGUUCGUCGCCACACUCAAGGACAACUUCGGCUUCAUCGAGACGGCCAAUCAUGACCAGGAGAUCUUCUUCCAUUACAGUGAGGUGUGUGGAGACGUGGACAGCUUGGAACUGGGUGAUACGGUGGAAUACACGCUGUCCAAGGGGAAAGGAAACAAAGUCAGUGCUGAGAAGGUCACCAAAAUGGCUCCUGUGAAUGGUAUUGGGGAGGAUGUGGGGACAACAGUGUUACUGGGUAAAGUGACUCGCCCCUUGCGAAGUGUGGACCCAUCUCAGACAGAAUACCAGGGGCUUAUUGAGGUCACAGAGGAAGGUGCCACUAAGGGCCAGAGCUACCCGUUUGGCAUUGUCAGCAUGGCCAGCAAGGCAGACUGUCUGCAGAAAGGAGAGAUGGUGAAAUUCCAGCUCUGUACCAUCACCCAGACUGGGCAGAAGAUGGCCUGCCACAUCGUCCCUCAGCGCAGAGCUCUAGUGGAGAGCGUUAAAGACCAGUUUGGCUUCAUCACGUAUGAGGUGGGCGAGAGCAAGAAGCUCUUCUUCCACGUGAAGGAGGUGCAGGACGGACUAGAGCUGCAGACAGGAGACGAGGUGGAGUUCUCAGUCAUCCUCAACCAGCGCACCGGCAAAUGCAGCGCCUGCAACGUGCGCAGAGUCAGUGAGGGCCCAAAACCAGUAGCCACGCCCCGCCCUGAGCGCCUUGUGAACCGCCUGAAGAGCAUCACCUUGGAUGACACCAGUGCCCCACGCCUAGUCAUCCUUAGGCAGCCCCGUGGACCUGACAGUUCAAAGGGCUUCAGUGUUGAGAGGAAGGCACGUCAGCCUGGCGUCAUGGACUGAGGACUGUUUGCCCCACCCCUACUCACCCCUCCCAACCAAUAGCAUAGGAGAGGAGCAAUCGGGCUAUGGACAGGGUCUGGGUUGGCAGUCAUUUAUAUAUAGUGUCUGUAUACAUAAUACCCUCUGUCUCUCACAUACAUACAUUCAUACAUAUACACUCGCACCCACAUACAUAGAUACCCGCACAUACACCAUACACACAUGCACGCAAGCCACACCUCCGUGACAUAUUUGCAAACACACUACAGAUGCUUGGCAUAUUAUUGGCAUGCAUAACACCUCUCCCUGUCCUGUCAUUGCAGCCCAAUCCUCUCCAUAUUAUGAUCCUACCCCCUCCUCCCCAUUCCUUAGUCUCCCCUCUCUUAAGUGUGGUCUACUAGCAAACUGCAGAGCUUAUUACUGUGCUCUAAUGAGGAUAUCCAGUUCUGAGUGUGUGUGUGUGUGCCUGUGUGUGUUUGGGUGUGCGUGAGUGUGUUUGAAUUGUGGACGUGGUGUGUUAGAGAUGUUGAGGGGUAUGAAAUGUGAAGGGAGACCUGUCUCUUGAGAUGAAAGAAAGACCAACUGUUCUGCGUGGGGUUCUGCUCCCUCUGUAAUUUCUGGGUGAUCUAGUCUCCUCUGGUGAUGUGUUCUUCUCAACCUAAACUCAUCUGAUUCCAUGUGUGGAAAUCUGCACCUGCUUAAACCUGUCAGUUAUAUGUGCGUGUGUGUGUGCGUGUGCGUGCGUGUGUGUGUUUGAUAAAGAUAUAGAAACAUCCUUUUUCUCUUUCCUUCUUUCUCUUUUUUUUCUUUUUUUUUUUCCUCUUUUUUUUUUUUUUUUUUUUUUUUGUUCAGCUGUAACUAAUCUCCCAUGUUUGGGUGUUUUUCAUAGAUCAAUCAAAGCAAAGCGAUUGUGCGUGAGAUUCUAUGCAUAGGAAGCGGCGUUCUCCCUGCUCAGUUUUUAGAGCAGUUUUUAACACCCCCUUGAUCCUUGUCAACUUUGACCCCUGACCUGGAAACACUGUGUCAUGAGGUCAACGCUCAUGUUUGUUGUUUUGUAAACAAUGUGAAUGAUUUAUUAUUAUUAUAUACAUUUUCUUUUUUUUUCUCCAUUUCAAGUUUGGUUUGAGUUUCCGAUUUUGGUUGGAUUUCUGGAACCUUUUGAUGCCUUUAGGUAUUCCCAGGCUUCCCUGUCCAGACCUUCCUCUCCCAGGUGCAGAAUUCCAAAUGGCAUCUUUUAUUCAUCAGUACUUUUAUACGAUGUACCUUUUUUUUUUUUUUUUUUUUUUUUUCUUUGCACAUCUUUCUCUGUUCUAUUUAAACUCAAAAAAGUCUGCUUAUGAAAUAACUAAAAUAAGAAUAAGGUGCCUAAAAUUAUAAAUGAAACAACAAAAAAAUUAGAUAUAUCCUCAAACCCCAGCCAACCGCCAAAAAAAAAAAAAAACAAUCAUAGGAUGGCUUCUGUUUCCAGUAGAAAUAAUACAAGUAUGCACUCUGGUUGGUCAAACAUAUACUGUAUGUAAUGUGUGCUUUCGCUUAGGGGGAGAUUAAAACAUCACAACAUGACGAUAAUAAUGAGGAAUAACGAAAAGGAAUGGUUGACUGAAGAUCAGAUAGAAAAUACACACCAAAAUCAUAAGGAUUUCAAUUAGUGUGGUUUAAAAGGCAUUGGUGGGGAUUUGCUGUGCUUCAGAAGACUCAUGGAGCUGUCUGACUGUCAGUUGAAUUUCAGCUGGAGCAUGUUAAGCUCCAGUUUAACUGCAUAUGGGGUCUCCCCUAUAUACUUUUGUUAAUGGUCUUGAAUGAAAAAAUUGAAAUAAACGUUUUAUGAAAAUGAAAA